AUGAUAUCUGGUAGCCCAGUUUUUCGGCUGCAUACUUACCUAAGCCAAAUUGCUAUUUCAGACCACCAUUAUGUUUCAGAAGAUAGUGUAAGUCCUGUAGAUCCCGAAGUAAGGCGUAAAAUAGUAUUCUAUCAUAAUGAUUUUCGGACUAAAGUACAACCAACAUCUUCAAACAUGUUAUUAAUGACAUGGCAUUCUGGCGCUGCUAAAAAGGCUCAAGCAUACGCAGAAAAGUGUAUUUUCUUAAAGCACAAUGAUCCCAAAGAAAGGUCUGUGCCUGAUCUGGACACAUGUGGACAAAAUAUCUUUGUAUCAUCGGCUAAAAAAUCCUGGUUCUCUGCCAUAAACUCUUGGUACCUUGAGCAUCAAAAUUUCACGUAUGGAUCACCAGUUCGCGAUUUCGGCGCAGUGGGGCAUUACACGCAAAUGGUUUGGGCCACGAGUCACAGGGUUGGCUGUGGCGUAGCUCACUGUGAUGGAGGACCAUGGAGACAAUUUUAUAACUUCAUAUGCCAUUACUGUCCAGGAGGGAACAUCGCCGGUAAGAUCGAGUUUCCAUACAAAGUAGGAGAGCCAUGCGGUGACUGUCCAAACAAUUGUGUCAAUGGUGGUCUUUGCACAAACAGCUGUCCUGUCGUAGAUCUCUAUUCAAACUGCGAUUACUUGGCCAAAAUACCUGGCUAUUGUAGCAAAGGGACUUGUAAAGCGUCCUGUGAGUGCGGUAAUAAGAAAAUAUAUAAAAAUUAUCCUUGGUAA